ACCCACAGAGCACUUGUCAGAAUGGUGAGCCGGGACCGCAGGGCCAAAAUCAAACCAAAGGGUACACUUUCAAGUGUUUCCUGUCCAGUUUGUGAACAGACGUUCCCGAGACGUAACGACUGGAAGCGCCAUGUGAAACCCCACUAUGUUGAGAAAAUAUGGACAUGCCCUCUUUGUCCUAAAACAACUACUAAAAUUGGGAAAAGCAAGGAGCGAUUCAAUCGGCCAGAUCUGUUACGAAGUCAUCUGAGACGCUCAACGGAGCACUAUGAAAUGACUAAGGAAGCUAUUGAAGAAAUCAUUAGUUCACAGACACCAACAAAGACGGAAUUAAAGCCAUCCGAAUGUCCACGAUGCAACCGGAGAUUUGACAGUCUCGAACUUCUCAUUGGACACUUUAUACGGAACCCAUUACAACGAAUCCAACCUCGCCGCACAGUUAAACAAAGAAAUCCUAAGACGCUUGGUGGUCCUUCAAUCACAGGGACCCGAACUGAGGAACUCCGAAUAAUCUAUGAAUAUGGCCUAGUGCCUCUUAGACGCAAGGGUUUAGAAACAAUUGCAGUGAGUAAAGGCGCAGCUAAGCUCAAGGGCCUCCUCAUCAUUUAG